AUGAUAGGCCAACAGCAUCUUUGGUCACAUUCCGUUCUGCGGACGACAAAGUUUUCCCCGAGGGUGGAAAACGUGAUUGGCCUGCAGCUCGGACCUGAUGUAACACGCUUGAAAUCCAUCUCCUUUCUUUCUUUCUUUCUUUCUUUCUUUUCAUUUAUUUGUUUCUUUUCCUUUCCUUCUUUCUUUCUUUCCUUCUUUCUUUCUUUCUUUCCUUCUUUCUUUCUUUCUUUUCAUUUAUUUCUUUCUUUUCAUUUAUUUCUUCCUUUUCCUUUCCUUCUUUCUUUCUUUCUUUCUUUUCAUUUCUUUCUUUCUUUUCCUUUCUUUCUUUCUUUCUUUCUUUCUUUCUUUCUUUCUUUUCAUUUAUUUCUUCCUUUUCAUUUCCUUCUUUCUUUCUUUCUUUCUUUCUUUCUUUUCAUUUAUUUAUUUCUUUUCCUUUCUUUCUUUUCAUUUAUCUUCUAUCUAUCCUUCUUUCUUUCUUUCUUUCGGCUUUUUUUUUUGUUUUCCUUUCCAUUCAUCCAUUCCAACCAUUUUGAUGAAUUUUUAACUUAUCCAUUUAAUUUCCAUAGUCAAUCCAUCCAUCCACUGAAUAGUGGCCAUCCAUCCAGUUUUCUUCCAAAAUGCAUAUAUCCAACGAUCCAUCGAAGCCAAAUCAAAAACAGCAAAAUGCAUCCAAAAAAUUGUCAUUGA